GGGCGUUUCGGCCGCCUGUUGGACGUAUAAUAAAGUACUAUCGGGUUUCUUAAUUUACGAUCUUUUACCGCUGUGGUAACCAUAAAUAGUUUACAACAAUUUGUCUGAUGAGAGGCAGAUACAACAAUUAUCAGCUAGGAACAGUAUGAACAAAUGUUCUUGUCACAGUUUACUAAAUUUAACACGAAAAUAACAUUAUGUCAACUCACUGAUAAGAGCUUAGAACAAAUUCAAAACAGAAACUGCAAAAUCAGCGUACCAUGGCCGAGGCCGAGCAGCCGGUUGUUAGUAGAUCCCGGCGAGUUGUCGACUACGGCAGCACGAUCCAGACGAGACUAGCAGCAGCAGCGCGACUACCCUCAUUUGUAACAAUCGAAUCUCCGCGAAGAUAUUCAAAAAUGUCCCACAACACACUAUCCCCGCACGAUUCACAGACUCGUUGGCAGCGACUGGAGUACUUUCUGAACGUUCUCAAUCAAAUCUGCAUUGGAUUCGUGACCAUCUAUAUGUCAUACUUGACCCUGCGAACUGGACUACAGGGAACUAGCCUGCAUGCUUGGCUGGUCACCAUUGGGUUCUCCUUCUUCAUGGCCGAGGGUGUCAUGAUUCACUAUGGCGGCAAUGUUCUCACACACGGUUACAAACGGCAUACGAAAACCACAAUCCAUUGGAUACUCCUAACACUGGGCGGAUGCUGUGGAGCAUCUGGAGCUCUAAUCAAAAUGAUACAAAAAGGUUUCUCUCUGCACUCGACGCACGGAAAGCUGGGUUUCACUGCGUUUGUAUUGUGCCUACUGGCCAUGACCUCUGGCGUGAGUGCACUCUUCUCGGCUCGCGUGAAAAGGCUGAUUACCCCAUUGCUGAACAAGACCUUCCACAACUUUUUGGGUUUCUCUUGCUUUGUUAUUGCAUUGACGACCCAGUAUUACGGCUACCAGACGGGUUACUUUAAGAGUCGCAGUGAGACGGACUUUCAAAUUCUGAUGAAGUGCCUCACUCUCACGUCGUUGGUUCUGACAAGCUAUGGCCCAUUGAAGGCACUCUAUCAGAAAUGUGAAAAUAUUUCUCGCCAGUUUUAAGAUGCAAAAGUUGUCAGCAAGAACUUAUCGAAUGUACAUAAAUAUUAUUUGUUUCAUAAUUUAA